AUGGAGGAGAAGAGCUCUGGGAAGAAGAAGAAGGCCAGGAGGACGACCAAGCCGCCGGCGUCGGCCGAGGAAGCGGUGACGGUGGCGGAGGCGGUCAGCCUCCUCACGGACGACCUCAUCGUGGAGAUCCUCUCCCGUCUCCCGGCCAGGUCUGUCCACCGCUUCAAGUGCGCUUCCCCGUCUUGGCGCGACCUCAUCGCUGACCCCGCCAACCGCAAGAAGCUGCCGCACACCCUCGCCGGCUUCCUUUACAGCACCUACGACAGCGAAGACCCCCGCUUCCAGCACUUCCACUUCGCCAACGUCUCCGACGGCGCAGCUCCGUCGAUCGACCCACUCCUCCGUUUCUUGCCGCUCGAAAAGUACUUGUACGUCAUUCAACUGGACACAUGCAAUGGCCUCCUCCUCUGCCACUGCUACAUGGCCCAUUCUUCUCCUCCCACAGAUGAGAAUGCACCGGUUGAAUGCCAUUACGUCGUGUGCAAUCCGGGCACCGGGAGGUGGGUGGACCUACCCCUUAACUCAGAGGUGCAAGACGGCCAUCGCAUCUUAGCUCGUUUGGCUUUUGAUCCAGCAGUCUCAUCCCAUUUCCACGUUCUUCAGUUUGAGGAGACUGAUCAGGAGAAAUGCGUGACAGGAGUGAACAUCUACUCUUCGCAAACUGGAGCCUGGAAGCAUAGACAAAGCCGGUUGGUUGAGAAAAUUAGCCUGUUCGCUGGCCUUACAAGUGUCUUCUUUCAUGGUAUGCUGCACUUGCUUGCUUUGUUGUAUCCCAUGAAGAUGGACGACGAUGUUGUGCUGCUAGCAGUGGACCUGGAGCGGCAGGUGUGGAAGACUAUCCGUGUGCCGUCAUGUGGUUUGAGUGUCACAGGGGUGCUUGCACUUUGCUACCACACCCCUAGCUCGCGUUGA